AUGUGGCCACAUGACAGUCAGGGCCUCUGGCCAGGCAACGAGAGGGAAGACCUCCCCAACAGCAAGGCACGCAACGCUGGGAACCGCCGCCACCGGCGACACCUCGCGCCCUCCUUCUUUGGGGAUGGCUACGUGGAGAUGCCGCUGGCGGACGCGUCGCGCACGGUGCGGCUCCACCUGCAGCUGUACACGAGCCAGCAGGACGGACUCCUCUUCCUGGCCGCGGGGCAGCCCGACCAUCUCCUGGUGGAGCUGCGAGGCGGCACCCUGCAGGCCAGGCUGCAGCUGGGCUCAGAGGAGGUCAUGCUACAGUCCCCAGCAGAACUGCAGCUCAACAACUUGGCAAAGCAUGAUGUGGAGCUGUUGGUGGAAGAUGGCAGGAUGACGCUGACCAUCGACAGCCUCUUUAACAGCUCUGUGGACAUUGUGGGACCCACACGAGAGCUGGACAUUCAGCAUGGCCUCUACGCAGGUGGGACAGGGAACCUUGACCUGCCGUAUCUUUCUGGGUCCAGCUCUCCCUUCAGAGGUUGCCUCCACUUAGUGACAUUCAAUGGUCUGGACAUCCUCUCCCCCCCGACUUCUGACAGCAGCUCCAAGAUAUUCCACCGGGUUCAAGAGGGCUGCAGUACGCAGUUCUCUGCCGAGCCUGAUGACCCCUUUGGGUUCCUAGGACCGCACUCUUACAUUGCAUUUCCCACCUGGAACGCAAAGGAAGAAGGGACCAUAGAAUUCGUGAUAACAACAAGCAUCACCCAAGCACCCCUCAUCUACCAUGCGGGGAUGGAGAAUGACUUCUUCUACCUGGAAAUUUCCAAUGGACGCCUGAGAGGUUUUGUCGAGAAGGGGAAUGGCAUCAUUGUCCUGCACAACAACAUCUUCAUCAGUGAUGAGCAGCAGCAUUAUGUUAAAGUCCACACAGAUGUCCACAAGCUUGAGAUACUGAUUGACUACUAUGCCUCAGCCACAUCCAACCGGGGCAUCAACAACUAUCUGGACCUCCAGGGGAACCUCUUCAUUGGAGGUAUGAAUGAAAAGGCCUUGCAAAGGCUGAGGGAGCACCACCUCGCCUUCAUGUCAGUGGGGAGCACAACAAACAACUCAUUUGUUGGCUGCUUGGAGGACCUGCGGAUAAACUUGCAGAGGAGGAGCCUGCAAGAUGCUGUGAUCACCAAGGACAUCACAUCUGGCUGUGGAAAGCAGGAGCAGUACUGGGAAUAUGAUGAAGUAUAUGAACAGGAUGAGGCACCCACCUCCCCUCCUCCUGGUAUCUGGCAGGGAACACCCGGCCUGCUGGCAGAACCGUGCCAGCCAGACAACAGCUUCCCUCCUGCCUUUGCUAACAUCAGCAGACUGCUGCACGUCAGCCCCCUCAUCGUCUCAGAAGGAGGAGCAGCCUUCUUGGAGUGGAAACAUGCCCAGCCGACGAUAGACUUGAACCUCGCAAACAUCCGGCAGUCCCAAAUUCUCUUUAGCAUCACCAAUGACCCUAGGCAUGGUCAUCUAGAGCUGGAUGUCCCUGGAUCCAGGAGCAGAAGGAAGUUUACUUUACUAGAUAUCGUGAAUCGAAAAGUCAGAUAUGUCCAUGAUGGCUCCGAAGGACCCAUGGACCAGUUGAUGCUGGAGGUAAUUGUGACUGCCCAGCAAGGGAUCCCCGAGUGUUUGCGGCAGGGACAGAUGUACCUGCUGCCCAUCAUGAUCAACCCCAUCAACGAUGCCCCUCAGGUGAUAUUUCCUCAUGGGGAUCACAUGACAAUCCUGAAGCACACACGGAAGCAUCUGACCACAGAUAUCCUGCAGGCCUUGGAUGAUGACACCUCCUGUGAUGACCUUGAAUUUCAACUGCAUGGCAGCCGACUGAUGGAGGACGGUUAUGUGGAGUAUGACUUUCACCCCGGAGUGCCCAUUGAAGAGUUUUCUUGCAGGGACUUGGAAGCAGGCAACAUAGUCUAUGUGCACCAGAGCGGGACAAAUUUGCAGCUCACCUUUCAAGUGAGCGAUGGAUCUGUCCCAAGCCCCAUGGCCACCCUCAAGAUCCAUGCCAUAGAGCCUGACAUCCACAUGCACAACAACACUGGCCUCUUCAUCUCCCAAGGAGGGGCUGCACGCAUUACCACAGCCAACCUGUCAGUGGAGACAAAUGCUGUGAAACAACGGGUCGUCAUCCUGUAUGGCCUAAUGGAGCCUCUCAGGUAUGGGGAAGUCCAGAAACAAAUGAGUGUGGGAGGGGAAUGGAAGAAAGUCGAGUCCUUCUCCCAGCAAGACCUGGAGCAAGGACGCAUCCAGUAUUUCAGCACAGAUUCAGAGCACCAUAUGGAAGACGUCGUGGAGAAGAUGAGAUUCAAAGUUCAGGUUGGGCAGAAGAUUUUGCAAAACAACACUUUCCUCAUCAGGAUCAAGAGAGCUACCAUUAAGAUGAGAACCAUGGUCCCUCUCCAGAUGAAGAAUAAGCGGCACAAAAACAUCACCAGUAAGGAACUGGAGGCAAUGUUGGAAGAUCCAAAUGCUGCCCCAGUCUCUUUCCACUAUGUGAUAAUCCAGGCUCCCAAAAAGGGAAACCUGGAGUUGCUUGGCAACAGGCUGACUGAAGGCUUUGGAUUCACCCAAGAUGAUCUGCAAAGAAACCAUCUAAGCUACAGUGCAACCAUCAGGAACUCUAGGCAGGCUGAGGAUACCUUCCAGUUUCGCGUCCGUGCCGGGGACCAGCACUCUCCUGUGUACACCUACACAAUCAGUAUAGGUGGGGACCCCGACGCACCAGCGCUGACCAACGUCCUUCUGUCUGUGCCAGAAGGGGGACAGGCCAUCAUCUCCAGGGACCACUUGUUUGUGCAGAGCCUGAAGAGCAUGGACUACCUCUAUGAAGUAAUUGAAGGGCCGGCACAUGGCAGGCUGGCCUGGGUCACCUCCUCAGGCUGGCCCUCCAAUGAGGAGAUCACAGAGUUCACCAACGAGGACAUCCUCCGGCGCAGGCUGCUCUACCAGCAUGACGACUCCGAGACCCUGGAGGACGAUAUCCCCUUCGUAGCGAUCAAGCAGGGCGAGGGCAGCACCGAGCCUGAUGCAGAGGAGGUGAGAGGUGUUUUCAGAGUAGCCAUUCAACCUGUCAAUGACCACCCCCCUGUCCAGGUGGUGAAUAAGGUUUUCAAUGUGGUGCGCAAUGGACAGCACCUCCUGACAACAGAUCAUAUUGCCUUCGUCGAUAAGGACUCUGGCUUCUCAGAUACGCAGCUGGUGCUGGCGAGGAAGGACAUUCUGUUUGGCAGCAUCGUCUCCGUUGAUGACAGGAGCCGCCAAGUCUAUCGGUUCACACAGGAUGAUCUGAGGAAGAAAAAGAUCCUCUUCGUCCAUUCAGGGGCUGACCGUGGCUGGAUUCAGCUACAGGUCUCAGAUGGCCUCCACCAAACUACUGCCCUCCUGGAAGUUCAGGCUUCAGACCCCUACAUCAGAAUAGUCAACAACACCGGCCUAGCCAUCCCCCAAGGGGGCCAAGGGCGUAUUGACUCCUCUGUCCUCAGCCUGGAGACCAACAUGGACAUCAGGUCUGAUGAAGAGAUACGGUUCCUGGUAACUGCUCCCCCGCGGUGGGGGACUGUGCUGAGAGGGGAGCAGCCAGUCAUGGCUUUCUCCCAAAGGGAUCUGCUAGCAGGAGAGAUUGCUUACCGCCACAACGGGAGCCGGAACACACAGGAUGAGUUCCAGUUCACCGUGGAAGCAAACAAGGUGGUGGUGGAUGACACAUUGGCCAUCACUGUUUUCUUGGACACCCAUCCCAACCCUCUACGCAUUAUGAACCUCAAGGAGAUACAUGUCUUUCAAGGAGAAGCAGCUGAAAUCAAGGAAGAACACUUAUCGGUUGCCCAUGACGAGAUCCCUCCCCAGGACAUCAUCUACCUGGUGAGCAGCCCCCCGAUCUCAGGCUUCCUAGUGAUGGUUCAGCACGGCCAAGACUUGAACGAGCCACCCAGCUUGGAUCCAAUCCAGUCCUUCACCCAGGAGGACAUCAACAGCGGCAGAGUCCUCUACCUGCACUCCAAGCCGGAGGAGCAGCACGACCGCUUCAUCGUGGACAUCACAGCCAGGGGGGUGGAUCCGCUGGAGGGGGUCGUGGUGAGCCUGGCCGUGCUCCCCGUCGCGGUCCCCCUGGACACGCGCAACAUCACGGUGCCAGGGGGCAGCUCCACCACGCUCUCCGCCGACAUCCUCAGCAUCCCCAGUGCCUACUUCGCAGCUCUUGGCUUGGAGUUCAGGGUGCUGGAGCCCCCCAGGUUCGGCACCCUGCAGAAGCGCCAGCAGCCCCAGGAGCACGGGCUGCACACGUUCACCUGGAGUGAGGUGCAGAAUGGGCUGAUCCAGUACCGGCAGGACGGUCCCCAGGCCCCGAGCGACAGCUUCACCCUCCUGACCAAUGCCACCGCCAUCAACCGGCACAGCCAGCCCCGCACCGUCUUCGUCACCAUCCUGCCCCGCCGCAACCGGGGCCCCCAGCUGCGCGUCAACGCCGGCCUGCAGCCCAUAAUCACAGUACCCCUGGAUAUUACAGGGUCAGCAGCAAGGAAAGCAGGUCCUUAUGUCAAGCAGAGCCCAGGCGGGUGCUGUGAUAUCUGGAAGGUGCCCAGGAACCUGCUCAUUCUGCUCCCUUGCCUCUACUACAGCAUCGAGCAGGCCCCUCGCCUGGGCCGCCUGCGCACGUCCCCUGGCGGCAGCGAGGCCAGAAACUUCAGCCAGGCCCAGGUGGAUAGCGGGAUGAUCAUCUACGAGCACGAGAUGCCGGCAAAGCCCUUCUGGCUUGCCCAGGAUGCCAUUCGCUUCCGCGUCGUCACUCCCACAACCAUCUCUGACUCCUUCAUUCUCCUCGUGCUCGUAUCGUUCGAGACGAGGUGCCCCCAGCGCUCCACUCAGCUCUGGAGAAACGCAGGCCUCCAUGUUGGGAAGGCUCAAAGGGCAGAGAUCAACACGUCUGUGCUGGAUGCUUCCAACAUCCUGAGUCAAGUGCCGGCUCCGGAGAGGGCCACGCACGACGUCAUGUUCCUGGUCACGGCGCUGCCCAGGCACGGGCAGCUCUGGGUGGCCGGUGUGUCCGUGGACAGGGCACGUCCCUUCUUCCUGCAGUCGGACCUGGACGCAGGGCGCCUGGCGUACACCCAUCAUGGGGACAGUGCUCCUGGAGACCACUUCCAAUUCAAGGCUUGGCUCCAGCCCCGCGCAGAGCAGUCCCUUCACCCUCCCCACGAAGGGGUGGUUGUUUUGGAAGCUUUCAACAUAACGGUGACGAGCAGCAAGGAGAAGCCACCACAGGUAGUGAAGCGGCGAGAAGCACUGCGGGUCCCCGCGGGCUCCUGGGUGCCGCUGUCCCCGGAGUACCUGGAUGUAGCCAACACAGAUAGUUCCCUGGAGGAGUUGGAAUACCGCCUCCUCCAGAACCCCCUCAGUGGCUACCUGGCCAGCACGCACGAUCGCCAGGUGCCUAUCGACCACUUCACGCAAGCAGAUGUCAAUGCAGGCCACGUGAUGUUUGUGGCCACCGGGAGUCGUUCCUCCGAGUCUUUAGUCCUGAGCAUCUCUGACGGCCACCACGCGCCCACCCGGACCUCCCUGGAAAUCAUGGUGCUGCCUGCGGUGACAAGCCCAGAACGCCUCGUGCCACUGGAAGUAUCGCAGGGCCUGAACAAGGCCCCCGUGUCCCGGGAUCACCUCCUGGGAGCUGCCCAGCUAGGGCAACAGGAUGUCCUUUACAGGAUCACCAAGGACCCAAAGUUUGGCCAAGUGCGAGUCAACCAAAGGCCGGUGCGGGCUUUCUCACAGAAGCAGGUGGACCAAGGGAAAGUGACUUUUACUUUCACCGACUUCUCCUCUCCUAAGGACGAAUUCCACUUCCUUGCCACAUCCCAGGCAGCAAACAGGACCGGGGUGGUGAACGUGACCGUCAAGGCCUGGGUCAAGGCACAGUCAGGGAGCCUGUGGCCCAGGGGCACCACAGCCCUGCUGGACACCGGCAUCCUGGACGCCAGCGAACUGGCCAACCGCACCAAGGACAUCCCGGUAUUUAAAAUCCGCAGGGCUCCCCGGAGCAGCCGUGUCGUGCGGGUCUCGAGACACCCAGGCCAACGCGGCACCCCGGUCACCACCUUCAGCCAGCUGGAGCUGGAGCAGGGGCUGGUGGGUUUGGAGGUGCUGGACCCCGCCGAGGCCGAGCAGCCCCUGCAGAACGACAGCUUCAUCUUUGAACUUCUGGGCGUCCCCUCCACCAGCUGGCCGGGCCAGGGCGCCACGAGCAGCCCCAGCCCCGUGGAGGGCGGCACGUUCCUCAGCUUCAUCGAGGCCAACAUGUUCAGCGUCAUCAUCCCCGUGUGCCUCAUCUUCCUCCUGCUGGCGCUCAUCUUGCCGCUGCUCUUCUACCUGCACAAGCGCAACAAGACGGGCAAGCACCACGUGCAGGGCACGCCGGCGGCCAAGGCGCGGAACGGCGCCGUGCCCGACCAGGAGACCUUCCGCAAGACGGACCCCAACCAAGGCAUCCCCCUAACGACUGUGAACUCCGUGGAGGCCAAGGGAGCAGGUCCCCCGGGCACGGCGCCCGGCGCGCCGCAGGAUCCCGAGCUCCUCCAGCACUGCCGGACUUCCAACCCCGCCUUGAACCACCACCAGCAGGGCCCGCAUCCCCGCUCCCGGCAUCACGGGCCCCACUUUCCCCGCCUGCCGCUGCAGAGCCGGAAUGUGGCCCACUUUACAGCCAGCCUGGAAGACGAGGCGGGUUAUUUUUAA